AUGUCAUCCACCCACUUCAGCAGUGCGCUGAGCCCUGAUCAGCCACUGCCAACCAAACCAGCCUCGGACUUGAAUCUCGACAAAUCACUCCCCGAUCCCAUCUUGAACUUUCUUGAUCAUCCAUUUCAGACACGGCAAUCGACUGUUCUAUUUGUGGCCAUCCUGGUGUGUUUAAUCUUGGUUUCAGCUUUCAUGGGCAAGAGAUAUAUCGAGGCACUUCGGCCGGAUUCCUGGGCCCCUCGCGACAACCCAAUGACUCUUAAGAGCCUACGUCAUUCUCACUCUACAGUCGAGACACAUCAAGAUGACAAUACAGGAUUGGGUGCAACAGGCUUCGCCCCAUUUCUGGACACAGAUCAGAGAUCACGGCCACGGCCACGUAUCCACCUCAGUCCACCUACAAUCUCGAUUGGAGAAGUGCACAGCAGCAAAAUAGCACAACGUCGGCGCGCAUCCUCGGCACGCAGUGGCCACAACAACGGUUGA